AUUGACAUAAAAUUUAAUAUUUACUAAUCAGUUGUAAUCGACAAUGGCUCAAAUAAAGAGCAUUCGAGGUCGAGGUAUAUUCACCUAAUCAGUUGUAAUCGACUAUGGCUCAAGUAAAGAGCAUUCGCGGUCGAGAAAUAUACACCCACGAUGGAUAUAUGUACACAUUUGAUGCAUAAAAUUUUAAUAAAACAAAACAAUUUUGGAGAUGCCGAUACAAAAAUGAUUGUCCUUGUCGUAUUCAUACGUCAACUGAAACGUCCAAGGUGUUAAAGAUUCUAAAUGAUCAUAACCAUGAUUCAGAGGCAGCUUUGAUUGAAGCAAAUGUGGCAAUUACAAAUAUGAAACAACGAGCAAAAGACACUCUAGAACCAACGUCGAGCGUAAUAAAUGAAUGUACCAGUGGGAUUUCACAAGCGGCUAAGGGAGCGUUAGCAGCAGACGGAGCCAUAAAAAACAAAUCAGGAGAAUACGUCGUGAAAUACAAGCAGCCCCGGAUGCACCAAAAGACUUGAUGACACUUAUGAUACCUGAUGAAUUUAAAACUUAUUCGCCAUCAGAGGGUAUUGUAUAAUAAUUUUUACUACAUGACAGCGGACCAGGUGAAAAUAGGAUUUUAAUAUUUGGUCGUUAUCGGAGCUUAGAAAUAUUUAGCUGAAUCUACUAGUCGGUAUACAGAUGGUACUCUAAAAGUUGCGCCAUCACUUUUUUCUCAAAUUUAUGUAAUAUUGGCAAAAUAUAUGAACAGUGAUCAUCCUUUGCUUUAUGCGCUUUUACCAGACAAAAGAAACAAACAUAUUAACAGUUAUUACAAAUAAUUAUAAACAUAAAACCCGGGCUAAAACCGAUUUCAAUAGCAUGCGACUUCGAACAAGUGGCUAUUAAAGCUUUUCAAAAUAUAUUUCUUGAGGUUAAAAUAUUUGGUUGCCUAUUUCACCUAUCAAAAAACUUUAGGUUGAAAAUGUGUGAAUUAGAUUUAAUGUCUAAGUACAAAAAUAAUGCAGAAUUUUCUAUAGGGUUAAAAAUGGUCUUAGGAUUGGCAUUUGUUAAAAUUAAUGAUUUAGACAAAGCAAUAGAGAAACUAACUGAACACAUACCUCCAGAGGUGUUACCUCUUUUAGAUUGGUUCGAAGCAUUCUAUGUUGGUAGAACAUUAAGAAAUCGUCGACGCCCUGCUCGAUUUCCACCUGUAUUGUGGAACGAUCAUGAACGGGUAUUAAAUAAAGAAGACAGGACAAAUAACCACGCUGAAGCAGCCAAUAGACGACUGAAUUUACAAAUGGAUGUACAACAUCCAACAUUGUGGACAUUUAUUACAAACUUAAGAAAAGUUCAGACAGGACGUGAUACAUUUUGUCAACAUCUAGAAACUGGAAAUAGUCCUCCAAAAAAGAAAAAAAAAUGUAUAGAUGUCGACAAAAGAAUUUUUUUAAUUGUAGAAGAUUACAACAAUCGCAACAUGGUUAGUUUUUUAAGGGGAAUAGCUCAAAAUAUAAGUUGUUACUAAAUUCUAUUUUUUUUUUAAAUUUUUUUUAUUUAUAUGAACUAACUAUCAAAGUCUAUUACUUUUUAUUUAUAUACAUUUAUAUUUAUAUUUAUUAUUUAUUAUAUUAAUCGCACAGACAACUACUGGCAUAGGUACUAAUCAUAUUAGACCAAAACUUAACGCCAAAAUUUCCAUACGCUAAAUUGGUUUACGCCAAAGUGGCCACGCCAAUACGGCCACGCCAAGAUGUCCUAGAUCGGGUCAAAAUUGCAUGAGUGAUAAUAUAUAAUAUAUACUUGUAAUACAUUAUAUAAUUU